CGCCUGCGGAAUCGCCGUUUGACCCCGGAAGUGCCGGCUCUCUGGAGCUGUCACCGUGAGCGGCGGCGACGGCGGCGGCGGUACAACGGAGGUGGUAGAGCCGCCGAGGUUACCAUCUCUUUCUGAUUGUGUUCCUCCCGUGCUUGGAAGACUGCUCACUGCCUUCAGGAGGGUCACGCAGCACAAUGCCAGCUCUGCCCCUGGACGAACUCCAGAUCACCCACAAGGACCCGAAGACAGGAAAGCUGAGUACUUCACCAGCCCUGCACCCUGAACAGAAGGCAGACCGGUAUUUUGUGUUAUACAAACCGCCCCCUAAAGACAACAUUCCCGCCCUAGUGGAGGAGUACCUGGAACGCGCCACCUUCGUAGCCAAUGACCUCGACUGGCUCCUGGCCUUGCCUCACGAUAAGUUCUGGUGCCAGGUUAUCUUCGACGAGACCCUGCAGAAGUGCCUGGACUCCUACCUCUGCUAUGUCCCCCGAAAAUUUGAUGAGUGGGUGGCCCCAACCCCUGAGGUUGUUGACAUGCAGAAGCACCUCCAUCACAGUGUUUUUCUCACCUUCCUCCGUAUGUCCACUCACAAGGAAUCCAAAGAUCACUUCAUUUCCCCAUCUGUGUUUGGAGAAAUUCUCUACAAUAACUUCCUGUUCGACAUCCCAAAGAUCCUGGACCUCUGUGUGCUCUUCGGAAAAGGCAACUUGCCACUGCUCCAAAAGAUGAUAGGAAACAUCUUUACCCAGCAGCCAAAUUACUAUAAUGACCUGGAUGAAACCAUACCCACCAUCCUUCAGGUCUUCAGCAAUAUCCUGCAGCACUGUGGCUUGCAAGGGGACGGGGCCUGUGCCACACCCCAGAGGCUCGAGGAGAGGGACCGAUUGACCCCCAGCGACAUGCCUCUCCAGGAAUUGAAGGACAUUGUUCUCUACCUUUGUGAUACCUGUACUACGCUCUGGGCCUUUCUAGACAUCUUCCCUGUGGCUUGCCAAACCUUCCAGAAACACGACUUCUGUUACAGACUAGCUUCCUUUUAUGAAACAGCAAUUCCUGAACUGGAGUCUGCAAUUAAGAAGAGGAGGCUUGAAGAUAGCAUGCUGCUCGGUGACCUGUGGCAGAGGCUCUCCCAUUCCAGGAAGAAGCUGGUGGAGAUCUUUCACAUCCUCAUGAAUCACAUCUGCCUUCUGCCCAUCCUAGAAAGCAGCUGUGACAACAUUCAGAGUUUCAUCGAGGAGUUCCUUCAGAUCUUCAGCUCUUUGCUGCAGGAGAAGAGGUUCCUCCGGGACUAUGACAUGCUCUUCCCUGUGGCUGAUGACAUCAGCUUGCUGCAGCAGGCCUCGUCGGUCUUCGACGAGACACGCACUGCGUAUAUCCUCCAGGCAGUCGAGAGUGCGUGGGAAGGGGUAAACAGACAGAAAGCCACUGAGGCUAAAGACCCACUGGUGGCUGAGGAUCCUCAUGAGGUCGCAGCGACAGCGGAGCCAGUCAGUCAAACACCGUCACACCCAGAGAACUGGGAGGAGGGUGAGGAGUGCAUGGGGGUAGCUGCUGCCCUGGGGCCCCCCGUUUCUGGCGUGGAGCUGGACUUGCUCAUCUCCCAAGUGAAGGACCUGCUGCCGGACCUUGGCGAGGGCUUCAUUCUGGCCUGCCUGGCGCACUACAGCUACAACCUGGAGCAGGUGAUCAACAACAUCCUGGAGGAGCGACUGGCCCCGGCCCUCAGCCAGCUGGACCGCAGCCUAGACAGGCAGAUGAAGCCAGACCCAACGCCCCUGUUGACAUCUCGUCUCAACGUCUUCCAGAACGACGAGUUUGACGUGUUCAGCAGGGACUCAGUGGACCUAAGCCGGGUGCACAAGGGCAAGAGGAAGGAGGAGAACACGCGGAGCCUGCUGAACGACAAGCAAGCAGUGGCAGCGCAGCGGCAGCGCUAUGAGCAGUACAGCGUGGUGGUGGAGGAGGUGCCACUGCAGCCUGGGGAAGGCCUGCCCUAUCAUGAUGAUGACUAUGAGGAUGAGUACGAUGACACAUACGAUGGCAACCAGGUGGGCGCCAACGAUGUUGACUCAGAUGAUGAGCUCAUCAGCCGCAGGCCCUUCACUACCCCUCAGGUGUUGAGAAACAGAGUCCUCGGGGAAAGGCAAGAGGAUGAGGAGGAGGACGACGAGGAAGAAGAGCCUGAAGAGGACGCCCCCAAGCCUGACCACUUCGUGCAGGACCCUGCAGUGCUAAGGGAGAAGGCAGAAGCCAGGCGCAUAGCCUUCCUCGCCAGGAGGGGGUACCGGCAUGACAGUUCAACAGCAGUGGUCGGCAGCCCCCGAGGCCACGGACAGAAUCGUGAGACAACCCAGGAACGCAGGAAGAAAGAAGCCAACAAGGCAGCAAGAGCCAACCACAACCGGAGGGCCAUGGCUGACCGUAAGAGAAGUAAAGGCAUGAUUCCAUCCUGAAGCCACUGCCAGCAGGGCAACAGUGGCACCGGACCCACCAGGCUACAGUACCAGAGCCUGGACCUCCCACCAUUGGUCCCAUGCCAGGGCCCCAAGUUCAGCUUGACCCCUCAACAGCCUCAGCAUUGCAGCCCCUGCGAAGGCCACUUCACUGCCCGCCAACCAGCCAGCCGUGAGCACCUUCUUGCCGAACACGCAGUGCCUUACCCCACAGUGAAGGACCCAUGGGCCAACGAGUAGGCGCCUUACCCGAGAUGUGCUGGUGGGAAAGGGGUGGGGGUGGAGCCCCAAGACAAGACCCCCAAACCUCGUGCAGCAAGACACCACUUCGCUUUUUCCCUGGACUGCAGGAAACCUGUAUAUUAAAAAAACAAAAACAAAAAAGAGGCCUACGCAUAAAGUUUUUAAACCUUUCGAGCAAUGACCCAUGAUGCACCCAUGACCCACUCCCCUUGCGUCCCAUUCUUCAGUGAAGUUGCUGUCAAGAGGUCAUCAUGGCAUUUUUUUUAUGCUUACAUGCUUGCUCUCAUUUUAACCCCUCCUGGCAUUGCUCCUGCCUUGCUCCAUGACCCUGAGGACAUCAGUCCUUCUCUUAACCUCCAGUCUCUACUGUGAAACGAAGGCCUGGAGGAGGUGGUCCUUCCCACUGUCUCGGUCAGUCUUGAUGACCUCCACCUGAGGAGGUAGACACUGUUUUUGACCCCACUGUAUAGAUGAAGAAAGUGAGGCACCAAUUGCUGAAGGUGGCUGCCCCAGGCCACAGAGGGGAGUGGUGGAACGGGGAUCGGGCACUUAGUCUGACCAGGGUUUGGAGUCCUAGACCCCCGUAGUUGGUGUCGUCUCCACCUCACAGCUGGCCCAAGGACACUGCCAGCAGUAGAGCCAGUGCCAUGAAGAACUCAGGCCUUCUGCCUCCCAGCUGUACGUACACUUGUAUUAAAAAAAAAAAAAAGUACACUUGUAAAAUAAAAAAAAAAUAGACCCCCCCCAAAAUCAAAGGAUCAGAGACCUCAAGAAACAAGUCAGGAUGUCACUGCUAAGCCCUGUUGAAGGCCUUGGCUUCUCAAAGCUCCCUCCUGGGCAUGGCCAACCAACUCCUAGCAUGGCAGCGGCUGCCAGUUAUUGUCAUUCCACUUCCUUCCAGAACAUUGCCAGUCAGUGAGGGGGAUCAACAGUGGGGGAUUUGCUGGGUUGAUCCUUGCCCAGCCCGGCAUGGAGUCCAUUAAUGAAAGCCAGGGCCCAAGCCCAGCUGGACCCUGACAAAUCACCCUCAAUGCUAGUACAAUUUAUUUGCACGUGGUUAGGAUGAGCAUCUGAAGCAGAGAGGUAGACAGGUAUUUGACGAAUUGGUUUUGUUAGGUCAGCCUGCACAAGUGAAAAUCAAUAGCAAUUCCUCUGUGUUGCACCGGUUCUCUUGGUGCAUUUGAGAUGCAGAGCAGGUACAGGGUGGCGUCCUCCCGUCGCACUGCUAAAUUAACUGAGACCAGGCUCAGCAUUAGCCAUCCCGACAGGGAGCAGCAAGACUGUUCCUCCAGGAAACAUUGCCAGGGACUGACCUCAGUGGCAGGGGCCACUUCUUUUCUCCCCCACUGAGCUGCUCACAGUUCGUCUGCAGGGAGGACAGGAUGGAGAGCUCUUGGGUGUUAAUUACAUGUCUUGCCUGUUACUGUUCAUAAAUCCCCUCUAGCUUUCACCUUGUCACCUGUACCUUCUAGCUACCUGAGGUGGUGUUCAGGCCUUAUAUCAUCAUCAUGGUUCAAAGCACUUGAGAAGACAGAAAUAAUUUAAUUUUCAGAAAGGAGUCCCAGGUCAAACUUAGUCUCCCAUGCCUUGUCAUUUCAGACCUUGAAGGUACUCUUUCGGGGGGGGUUGGUGGCUAAAGACAGCUCAGGGGUCAUCCAGAAUGGUGCUCAUAGGCACGCCUCUUUACCUCUUGGGGCCUCAGUUUUCCCUUCUGUAAAGUGAAUAUGCUCGGAUGAAUGCUUACCAUUUGACACCUAUGAAAUUGUCUGAAGAGAGCCCAAGGUUUAAGAUGGACAAAUGCAGAACUGCUAUAGGUGAAGCUGGGUGGGGGGCCCUGAGCCCUGCCUCUUUAGUCACUGGAGCCCACCAUCUCCACUGCUGCUCCUAAGCAGAUAUUUUUUAAGUGCCUGCUCUGUGCCCUGGCAGGAGAUCAUGACUAUCACAGACAUUCCCCAGGAAGCUUUUAAGGCUUUGUGCCUCUGAGAGGACUUAGGUUUGAGUGUCUGUUUCUAGUUCACAAACUGCAAUGAUAGUGGGUGUGUUUAUGUAGUGCUGCUGGGCCUCUGUGAGGUGGGCGGGACAGAGCCUGUCAUUGUUUAUAGAAAGGAGCCCGGAAGCCCUGGGAGGGUAAGUGGCUUGCCCAAAGCCUGUGGCAAAUUAGCACAGAGUCUGGAUGCAACUCCUUACUGAGUUACCUGUUAAACAGCCAAGUGUAACCUUGAUGAGUAAAUGAUUGACGAGGACCUUCCUGUCCCUACCACACAAGGAGCUUGGGUUGAAUAAUGCAGCUGAGGUGGAAGGGGGGGAUGGACAAAAAACAAACACACCAAAAAUACAGGGAAGUAUUGUGUAACCCUUUAAAAUGACAUCAAUAGAGAUUUAGUAGCAGCGUAGGGAACUAAAUACUGAAGAAUAAACGCCAGAUAUACAAGGUGAUGCACCAUGAUUGUGAAAAUGUUAAAAAAAAAAUGCAUACAGAUCAAGUCUGGACAGGAACGUACAUAAAUGAAAAUGAUGGUGACAGUGUGGGUGAUGGUGGUGGUGAGACAACAGUAUGUCAUAAUAAGAAUAAAAGCUCUUACUGAGCACUUACUGUGGCCAAACUUUGCUGGAUUCUUUAUUUGCAUUAUCUCAAGUGGACAAAUGGGCAUCAGCACGAGUGAGGUACAGGGCCCCAAACCCUGUCUCCUCACAAGGUAGGUACUGAUGAGAACAUUGAGGUGCAGAAAGAUUAGACGACCUGCCUAAG